AUGAAAAAGAAGACUCCGAUACGAACGAUGGUCGUCCUCGGAUCCGGUGGACACACGACGGAACUACUGGCCUUGUGUAAACGUUUAGAUCGAGACCGCUACGAGCUUGUGUACGUGAAGGCCUCCACGGAUACCACUUCGGCGUCUCGUGUGCAGCAACAAAAUUCGGACUGUAGCACGACAGUGACUAUUUACGACAUUCCUCGUUCACGGGAAGUUGGCCAGUCCUAUGCGAGUAGUGUGGGAUCAACCUUGUACGCAACAGUAUAUGCCUUUCGAUUAGUAUUUGCGGUCCGACCCGACCUUGUACUCUGCAAUGGUCCAGGCACUUGUUUGCCGAUUGCAGUGGCAGCCUUUAUUGGACGCAUAUUUUGCGUCAUGGGAGGACGAAUCAUCUUUUGCGAAAGCUUUUGCCGAGUACAGACGCUUUCUUUGACGGGCAAGUUGCUGUAUGCGUGGGUAGAUAUCUUCAUCGUACACUGGCCUGAUUUGCAUCGCAAAUUUCCCAUGUCCGUUUUGGGAUCCUCCUUUGUACCCAAUUAG